ACAGCUGCCCAGCGCUGGGGGACAGCCCUGGAGGCGGCCCCAGGGCCCUGGUGGACAGUAGCUCAGUGGGGGCGUGGCUUGGACAGUCUGGGGCUACUCCGGUUUCCUGGCGUGCUUCCUGGGGAGGGGAUUCACACGUGUGACGCGUCCCAGGUCUCUUGCUUCGGCAGUGAGCUCCUCACGGGGCUGGCAGAGGGCGGGCUCGGGCCCCGGGGUGCUGUGGACGUGUGUUCUGACGCGAGGCCCGAGGUGAUCACCCUGCGUGUGAGGGACGCCGCCCUGACCCUCGGGCUGCUCGCUCCGUCCCCGGGGGCUCCGUGAGCAGGUGCGUGGCCUCGGGGCCUGCACACGCGUGUGACAGGGCAAUGGGCAGCACAGCCUCCAUGUGAGCUGGGCGUGUGGGACAGUACCCCCCCGGCCCUCGAUGCUGUCCAUCCCCUGGGUGCCGCCUGUCCAUCAGGUUCUGUCUGUCCUUCAAGCACUGUGCUGGGCACUGGACCAAUGCACUGACCCCGCUUGCCCAAUCCCCAGGGUGGCAGCAAAGACUUCCCAGCCAUUAGCAGCCGAGACUGACGAAAACUCAGUCUGUGCCGGACAGCCUGGUGGCUGCACGUUGUUGGCACAGAGCUUGACCCUGGAACAGCAGCUCUCGAGCCCCUGCCCUGGGAGGCUGCAGGGUCCCCACUGAGAUCCCCACACCAUGAGACGUGGCCAGUGGGCCCCUACUCCGUCAGGCAUUUUGUCUUGUUGGACCCAAGGCCCAGGAUCCAAACCCUGUGGUCUUGGGGCAGCGUCAUCCCUGUCUACGCAUGGACUUCAACGUGUUCUGUUGUGCUCCGGUCAGGGGACCCGUGCCAGUGAGAAAGCAAGGCCCUGAUAGUAACUCGGGUCCCCGUACAGGGCCGAGUCGUCCCCAGUGUCCCCGCCUGUUUGAGGCCGAGCUGUCCCCAGCGUCUCCCCCAUAGGCUGCACCAUGGUGGGCACCUGGGCAGGUGGAGGUGCACCUGUUUACUGGAACCCCCGCCCCGCCCCCGUUAGCACUGCUCCCCAAGAGGCUGUGGGCUGGCGUCCACCCUGACAGGACUGCAGGUGCCAAGUGCAGGCUGUGUGUUUUUCCUUUCUUUAAAGCGUUCAUUCUCAAAAGCUUUUCGGUCCCAGGACCCCCUUACACUCUAAAUGUUAGAGUAGCCCCAAGAGUUUUCAUCCAUGUGGGUUUUAUCGCUCUGCAUUUUCAUUCUACUGGACAGGCGGGGGAAAGAGACAGAAAGAGACCCUGCAUCCACUGGUGCACACCCCAAAUGCCUGCAACAUCCGGGGACAGCCGGCUGAAGCCAGGAGCCUGGAGCUCCAUCUGGGUCUCCCGCGUGUGUGGCAGGGGCCCGAGCACUUGAGCUGCCAGGGUGCCCGUGAGCAGGGAGCUGCAUGGGAGUGGAGCAGCCAGGACUCAAAGCAGGCACUCCCUAGGGAGCUGACGUCCAAGCAGAGACUCAGCCACUGUGCCAGACUUGCAGCCAGAAACUGAGAUUUUAGAAAACACAUGCCAUUAAUUCAUUUUAAAACAACAGUAAACCCACUGCAUGUUAACAUACAUAACAGAUACUAUAAAAGAAAAACACUUUCCCCAACCAGCCAGUGAGGCGCGCGACUUCACGUGUCUGCAAGCCACGCGCAGCCUCAGGAAGUCCAAGUCCGUGCACAGCAGCACCUCCGUUGUCGCGGAAGCAGCCUCCCGGCCGGCUUCUUAAAGCUCCAUCAUUGUGCUUUGAUAUCUUCUUAAAUAUUUAUUUGAAAGGCAGAAUUACAGAAAUAGAAAAGAGAGAGAGAGGUCUUCCAUCCGCCGGUUCACUCCCCAAAUGGCCACAACGGCCAGAGCCGGGCCAAGCUGAAGCCAGGAGCCAGGACUCCAUCCGGGUCUCCCACACGGAUGCAGGGGCCCAAGCGCACGCCCCAUCCUCUGCUGCUUUCCCAGGCCAUGAGCAGGGAGCCGGAUGGGAAGAGGUGCAGCCGGGACUUGAACCGGCGCCCGUGUGGGAUGCCGGGGUCACGGGUGGUGGCUUUCCCGGCCCGUUUCCUCCCUCAGGAGUGGUUGUUAAUGCUCCACCGCUGUGCCCAGGCCUGACAGAUGCUUACCUGCGCCCCCGCCCUGGGCCCCAAAGCUUUGCUCUCCCCAGGGGGGUGUGCUUGCCUGGCACACUGAGCCACGUCUGAAUCCAGCCAGGGAGCGGCCGGAGCUGCCUCUGUGCAGUGGGAGGGAGGGUCCAGGCCCCCUCCUCCACACACAGCUCUGCCACCUGCCACCAGGAGCCUCCUGCUGUGACUCAGCUUCAGUCAGUGGCGUGACCCCAUUUCGUUCUGUAGCCCCCCGGGGCGCGGCGGGGGGUAGUUGAAGCCCAGCCGUAAAAGCUUCCAGGAAGGGCCGGAGCUGUGGCCCCGCGGGUUAGGCCAAGGCCAAGGCCUAUGGUGCGGCACCCUUGCUUCCUUUCCUUUUCCCGUCUUUCACGAAGUCGGCUCCCCUGCGCCCUCCUCCCGCGGAUCCUGCCGGGGCCGGUUCCAGCGUUCGCGGCGGCUAAUCCUCCGGUUCCUUGCUCUUCCUGGAGCUCAGUUCCCUCCGAGGCCGCGAGGCCAUCGUCCGCCUCUCCUCCCUCGCGGUGUGAGCGUGCACACCGGGUGCUGAGCCUCCCCGCUCAGCCCUGUCGCAUCCUGUCUCCCGCGCUGCAGUUCUGCGUUCACUCCACGGGUUUCCCUCGGCCUGUGAGCGACGCAGCCGCGUGAACGGGCGUCUCCCGGGAGACACACGCAGGAAAGUGCCAGCCCCGCGCUCUCAGCUCACGCGGCUCCCUCCCGCGGGACCCCGUGCGGGGCGCGGGGAGGUGGGCUCUGAGCGCACUGGGGCGCCGGCACCAUUUCCCCGUUUGCAUCGUUUUCAUCAUUAAGGACAGACAGGUCCCGAGCCGCGCGCCGCGCGCCGCCCCCGCCUCUGCCCGCCCUGCAGUCUGGAGCCCCGCGCUCCCGCGCAGCGCUGCGCCUGCGCCGCGGGGCUUUCCACGUCUGAGUCCUGCUGGGCUCAGCUUCCUGCGGGGAAGGGCUGCGCCCAGCACACAUCAAGCAUCACACAUCACGCGUCACGCCCGUCUGUCCUUUGGGGUGGGCAGAAAACCAGCGGGAGCCGGUGGGUGCUUGGGGGCAAGCUGGACCCAGGCCCCCAGCUGGGCGCACAUCUACUCCCUGGGGGCCACGCUGAAGGCGGCCCUGGACUACGCGGUGGAGCCGGAGCCGGAGCCCAGGCUGAGCGCGGAGCUGGAGACGCUGCUGAGCCAGAUGCAGGCGGAGGAGCCCGCAGACAGACCCCGCCUGGAGAGCGUCAUCGCGCUGUGCCGGGAGAAGACGCGGCCCGCGUCCUCCUGCCACCUGUGCCGGAGCCUCUCGGCCGUCGGCAGACGUGUGCUCUCCAUUGAGUCCUUUGGAGCCUUGCAGGAUAUGAGCGACAGCACCUGGAAGGCAGUGCCUGUGCCGAGAAGCGUGGGGCCCAGAAGGCCUCCAGGGGACCUCGGCACUGACCUAGAGGGCCUGCCCCAGCCCCCCAUCUCUGGGGAGCCCAGCCUGCGCCACAGACCCCUGCCCCCCAAGCCACUGCCAUCAGCCCCUAUGAAGAAUGGGGACAGCCACUGUCAGGAGGGGCUGGCCAGCCUCGUCCUGGGCCCCCUGAGCCCCCUGGGUGAGCUGGACAGAGACCUCCUCAAGAGGAGCCACCUGCAGCGCACACACACGUCCCCCAGGCUCCUGCCCGAGGGCCCCGAGGCCACCGCCUCCGGCCCUGGAGCCCAGCUGCCCCCGCCUGCGAGCUCCCCUGCGGGCCCCAGGAAGGCCGUGCUGGACGGAAGGAACGGCCUCUCCAGGGGCAAGGAGCUGGAGCAGGAGCCGCAGCCCCAGCACACGGGGGCACCAGGCCCAGGCUUCAGUGGAGAUGGGGGCCCCAAGUCCUCACGCUCCAGCCAGGGGCCUGCCGAGCAGAGGUCCCUGCCCUGUCCCGAGGCCACUCAAGGUGCAGGCAGUGAAGCGGAGACACCCAUGGCUGGCGAGGAGACUCCCGGAGUGGCAUCCCCGGAGCAGGACCUGUCCCUGCAGGACCUCCUGUGCAAGCUGGGCCGGCCCUUCAGGGAGUACGAGCUGUGGGCCCUGUGCCUGGCCUGCCUCCGCGCCCUGCAGGUGCCCACGGAGCCCCCAGCCUACCUGUGUCCGGACUCCGUGCUGGUGGCCGAGGACGGGACGGUGCUCCUCAGGCCGGCCCCCGACAAUGGGCCCCGCGACUCCUUCUUCCUGGCUCCCGAGGCGGCCGAGCAAAAGCUGGUGACCGAGAAGGCCUCCAUGUACUGUGUGGCCGCCGUGCUGUGGACUGCCGCCAAGUUCAGCGUGCCCCGAGACCACAAGCUGACCCUGCCACGCCGACUCAGGACCCUCCUCCUGGACAUGGCCAGGCGCUGUGCCCCGGAGCGGCCGUCUGCGGCUGAGGCCAUCAAGGUGUGUGGCAGUUACCUCCUUCAGCGAGGCAUGGACAGCAGGAAGAUCUUAGCCCACCUGAGGGCGUCCACCUGCAAGGGUCCCGUGCAGGUGCCCCGGCAGGAGGAGACCAUCACUCUGCAGAAGCCUCGCCCAGGCUUCCUGCCCGUCGUCGGCAGUGACGCGAGGCUGCUGGUAGUGCCGGGACCUGUGCCUGCCCCUCCCUCCUGCGACUCUGGGGCCCAGGAGCUGCCGGCAGCCUUCACCUCGGAGGCCACACACUUCCGACCGGUGGUCCUGGCGCAGGAUGCAGGUGAGGCCAGGGAGCGGCUCACCUCAUCCCCGGGGCUGGCCGAGAGCCCCAAGGACAAGGAGGGUGAGGGGUGGCCGGGCACCCAGGUCCUCUCGGAGGCCCCCAGCCUGAAGACAGCAGACCUGCCAACACCCAAGCCCGGGCCGCAGGGAGUAGCUGCAGACCCUCCCGGGGAGCUGGGGCUGCCCAGCCUUGCCGAGGGGGGCUGCUGCGCUCCAGCCCCCACCCCGGCCCUGCCCCCGGAUCAAGGGAUGGAGGGGCAGGACCCUCCCGUAGCCACCUCCCCCCGAGAGCCCACCCUGGCCGACCGCAGCCCACGGCACCCUCGCAAACCGCCCAGGCACAAGGCCACCGAGCGCCAGGGCCCAGAGCCAGAGAGCGCCCAUUCCACCCCACGGGGCACCGCCAGGGCUGCAGCGACUCCAGACAGUCCCGGGAGCACCUCUGCCAGGGGGCACGGUGACCCCGAGAGGCCUCGGCCGGCAGAGCGCAGGCCCUGUCCGUCCAGUGUGGACGCCCCGUCCCCGCCGAGGACGGCCUGCCGCUCCCUGCAGGAGGCCACGCGGCUCAUCCAGGAGGAGUUUGCCUGCGACGGCUACCUGGACAACGGGCUGGAGGCCCUCAUCAUGGGGGAGUACAUCCACGCCCUGAGGGACCUCACCUUCGCCACCUUCUGCGGGGCCGUGGCCGAGAAGUUCUGCGACCUCUCCUGGGAGGAGCGGCUGCUGCGCAGGCUGUUCCAGGUGGUGAACGGGGGCUCCCCCCAAGAGCAAGGGCCGUCGUCCAUGUGCCCCGGCAGCUGCUCCCUCGCCAGCAAGAGGCCCUCGCUACCCGGAUCAGGCAAAGAGAAGCCCAGCGAGGCGUGGGUCAGCGGAGCGCCCUGCCCGCCCCCCGCGCUGGCCGACCUGGACACCGACGGGCUCUCCCGGGGCAACCUGGAGGUGGGGUUUCGGUCUCAGAAGUCAGUGAAAGGCGCAAGAGAGCAGCAGCUGGAGGCGGACGCCGGCGGGCAGCAAGGCUCGGUCCCUGAGCCGUCCAGUGGGGCCUCAGAGGCGGGCGCAGUGGCCAGGCUGGCCCGGCCCCAGGAAGGCGGCCUGGUAGCGUCCCCAGGCCCAGCAGAGUUCCGGAGCUGCAGUCCGGGCUGGUCCAGUGCCUUCUACGAGGCCGACUGCUUCGGGCCGGAUGUGCACAACUAUGUGAAGGACCUGGGGAGGCAGAAGGCCGGCGGGUGUCCCGAGCCCGAGGCCCAGAGCCCGGAGCUUGAGCAGCAGCUCCUGAUAGAGAAGAGAAACUACCGGAAGACCCUCAAGUUCUACCAGAAGCUCUCACAGAAAGAGAAGCGGAGCAAAGGCUCCGAGGUGAGGUCCAUGCUGUCCAAGCUGAGAGGGCAGCUGGAGGAAAUGCGAGCCAAGGUGCAGCUGCUGGGCCUGGUCAAGAAAUACCUGCAGGUCCUGUACGCCGAGCGCUGGGGCCUGGAGCCCUGCGCCCUGCCGGCCAUCGUAAACAUCGCGGCCACCCCGGGAGACACGCUGGACUUCAGCCCCCUGGACGAGUCCUCCUCCCUCAUCUUCUACAACGUCAGCAAGCAGCCGGGCGGCGGCCGGCAGAAGGCAGCCCGCGUCCUGCAGGCCGGCACGCCCCUGGGGCUCAUGGCCUACCUGUACUCCAGCAACGCCUUCCUUGAGGGCUACGUGCAGCAGUUCCUCUACACCUUCCGCUACUUCUGCACCCCCCACGACUUCCUGCACUUCCUGCUGGACCGCAUCAGCAGCACCCUGUCCAGGGCCCACCAGGACCCCAGCUCCACCCUCACCAAGAUCUACAGGCGCAGCCUGUGCGUGCUGCAGGCCUGGCUGGAGGACUGCUACACCGUGGACUUCACCAGGAACACAGAGCUGCUCCGGCAGCUGCAGGACUUCCUCUCCUCCAAGAUCCUGCCCUUGGAUGGCUCUGCAGAGCACCUGCUGGGCCUCCUGGAGGUGGGCAUGGACCGGCGGGCUGAGGGCGCCCCCCGGGGCAUGGACCUGGAGGACCCCAAGGAGGCCGAGGAGGACACCAGCCCCUUCAACGCCCUCUGUAAGAGGCUCUCAGAGGACGGCAUCUCUCGGAAGGGUUUCCCCUGGAGGCUGCCCCGGGGCAAUGGGCUGGCACUGCCCCAGCACAAGCGCCGCCCCUACAGCAUCGCCUCGGCCCUGCCCAAGCCCUGCUUCUGCGAGGACUUCUACGGCCCCUACAGCAAGGCCAGCGAGAAGGGCCCCUACUUCCUGACCGAAUACAGCACCCGCCAGCUGUUCACUCAGCUCACACUGCUGCAGCAGGAAUUGUUUCAAAAAUGCCACCCUGUCCACUUCCUAAACUCACGGGCCCUGGGCGUCACGGACAAAAGCACAGCCAUCCCCAAAGCCAGCGCCUCGGAGCCUCUGUCGGCCAAGCCCUGCAGCUUGUUUCUGUCCAGCUGCCCCCAGGACAGGUACCUGCUGCAGCUCCUGAGGCACGCGGACGACGUGGGCACCUGGGUGGCUGCUGAGAUCGCCACCAGCCACACGCCCAAGCUGCAGGUGAACUUGCUGUCCAGGUUUUUGCUGAUUGCGAAAUCUUGCUACGAGCAGAGGAACUUUGCCACAGCCAUGCAGAUUCUGGGUGGGCUGGAGCACCUGGCCGUGAGGCAGUCCCCUGCCUGGAGAAUUCUCCCUGCCAAGAUGGCCGAGAUCAUGGAGGAGCUGAAGGCCGUGGAGGUCUUCCUGAAGAGUGACAGCCUGUGUCUCAUGGAGGGUCGGCGCUUCCGUGCCCAGCCCACCCUGCCCUCUGCCCGCCUCCUGGCCAUGCACGUCCAGCAGCUGGAGACGGGCGGCUUCACCAUGACCAACGGGGCCCACAGGUGGAGCAAGCUCAGAAGCAUAGCCCGGGUGGUGAGCCAGGUGCACGCCUUCCAGGAGAACCCCUACACCUUCAGCCCCGACCCCAAGCUGCAGGCCCACCUGAGGCGCAGGAUCGCCCGCUUCAGCGGGGCCGACGUUGCCGUCUUGGCCGCGGACAGCAGGGCCAACUCGCUCCCGGUGCCCAGCGAGAAGCACGCACGGAAGAUCCAGGACAAGCUCCGCAGGAUGAAAGCCACGUUCCAGUAGCUGAGGACAGGGUGGGUGGGGAGGGGCGGGGCCAGGAAGCACAGGGCUCCACACCCAUUGGAUGCUCUCUUAGAGAAGUGGCUGUCAAUCAAUUCUCCAGUGACCCCCACCUGCCACGACCCAGGGAUGUAAACUGAGCUGCAAAAAAAAAAAAAAAAAAAAAAAAGGAAAGAAAGAAAGAAAAGAAAAGAAGAGGUUGGCCCUGAACCCACACAAGGCCCGAAGCCCCUGCCAGGCCACCUUUCCCCCGCCCCGCCCCCUUGCACCCCAGCUUGGAGCAGCUCCCAGGGCGCAGGGGCCCUGCUGCACCUGAAGGGAGUCGGGUGCACAGCAGCUCCAGACCCACCUCAGGGGUCCCCACCGCCUGCCGCAGCCAUGCACGAGCCCGCGCCACCCUGUCCCCGCACGCGGCUCCCACAUACCCGCAUCCCGUCCACCGCCUCUGUGGCACCAGACCCUUCCAGGAGGCUCAUGGCCCUAAACAGCCGGUGCCAUACGUUUGCUCAGAUUGGAGUUCCAGGGCUGUGGAGGCAGCACCGUGUGUGUGAUGGAUCUUAAGGGACUUGCCUGGUCAGAUCCCUCCCUGGCCCCUGCACCAGCCCUGCCCAGCCCAGCACCAGUGGGACAGAGCACUGAACGCUGGCCUGCGGGUGUGCAGGUGCGUGACGGGCAGACGCGCGGGGUGUGGGAGGGGCUUGGAGCCCUGCAGCACCCACAGGACAGGCUUUUGUAAGAGGACUGUGUCCUGCUGACCGACUCCCACCUCUGGUGCCCAGCACAAGUCAGCGUUUCCCAUGUGACGGGGGAGGGACCAGGCUUUUGGCUUCACCACCGCCUGCAUGGCCCCCAUGUCACACAAGGUUUUAAAUAAAUCCUCCCAGACCAA